CCCCGCCGGGGGGCGGCCGCGCUGCAUGGGGCCGGGGGCCGGCCGGCAUGGAGGGGGUCCUGUACAAGUGGACCAACUACCUGAGCGGCUGGCAGCCUCGGUGGUUCCUUCUCUGUGGUGGCAUCCUGUCCUAUUAUGACUCUCAGGAAGAUGCCUGGAAAGGUUGUAAGGGAAGCAUCCAAAUGGCUGUUUGUGAAAUUCAAGUUCAUCCUGCAGAUAACACACGGAUGGACCUGAUUAUCCCAGGGGAGCAGUACUUCUAUCUGAAGGCAAGAAAUGCAGUUGAAAGGCAAAAGUGGCUGGUUGCACUCGGAACUGCCAAAGCCUGCCUGACUGACAGCAGGACACAGAAGGAAAAAGAGUUCACCGAAAACACAGAAGCCUUGAAGACUAAAAUGUCUGAACUUAGACUGUACUGUAACCUCCUUGUUCAGCAAGUGCAUAAAACCAAGGAAGCCAGCAUUUCUCUGUCAGAACCAGAGAGUGAGAUUGAUAUGGGAGCUCUGUUGAAAUCAACCUGUGACACUUUUCUGAAGACUCUUGAAGAAUGUAUGCAGAUUGCAAAUACUGCCUUCACUUCUGAGUUACUGCAUCAGACCCCACCUGGAUCCCCAAAUUUAGCAGUUCUCAGAACAAGCAAGGUAAAGCACUCUGUCUUGUCCAGUCACACCUCAACAGAAAGGCAGGUGGAAUUGAACCCCUGUGAAAAUGGCUGUGUAAAAGCAGAAAUUAACCAUCAAGAGCAAGCAGUUAUUAAAAGUAUGAAAAGUCUAAACUUGGAAACAAAUGAGGGGACUGGUGAUGUUUAUGCUGAAGAUCAUGUAGCAAAGGAUUUGGCAGGCAGUAAAGACAAUGGAGAGGACAAGCUGCAAGCUAUAGAAAUCGGUGGUGCCCACAAAUUGCUGCAAUUGGAAACAAAUUCUUUAAGUGGAUUGACUCUGUGUGAGGAAGAAAGAAAUGAAAAUGCUUCUCCUACCUUCUUCAGUGUCAUGAGCAAUAGGUUCAGUGAUAUUGAGCUUCGGGAGGAGGAGGGCAUACCGACAGAGGAGUUCCUGGAGUCGUGUUAUGCAAUUGUUCCUGUUCUGGACAAGCUGGGACCAACUGUUUUUGCUCCAGUUAAAAUGGAUUUUGUAGGGAACAUCAAGAAAAUAAACCAGAAAUUUAUAACCAACAAAGAAGAGUUUAAUACCCUUCAGAAGAUCGUGCUCCAUGAAGUGAACACGGGUGUAGCACAAGUUCGAAACUCUGCUACGGAGGCUCUGCUGUGGUUGAAAAGAGGUUUAAAGUUCUUGAAAGGGUUUUUGACGGAAGUGAAGAAUGGGGAAAAGAAUAUCCAAACAGCUCUGAACAAUGCUUAUGGAAAGACAUUACGGCAGCACCAUGGCUGGGUUGUGCGCGGGGUCUUUGCGUUAGCUUUAAGGGCAGCUCCAACGUAUGAAGAUUUUGUGGCAGCUCUGUCUGUAGAUGAGUGCGAUCCUCAGGAAGAAACAUUUUACAAAGGAAUGCAGAGGGACCUCAACAUUUACUUACCAGCCAUGGAAAAGCAGCUAAAUAUCUUGGACACUCUCUAUGAAGUACAUGGUUUGGAGUCAGAUGAGGUGGUAUGACUACAGCAAGACCACAACUUAAAAAUUCAGGGACUGUGUCUGUUAACAAAGAUUUCUUCCAUUUUGAUUUCGGGACAUCGUUUCUGUUCAUUGUAUCUUUUCAGGUGGGAAGGGUGUUGAGUGUUUUGGGGGAAGGGUAUGUGUGAUUUUUCUCUUUUCAUUAUGCUUGUGUUGCAUUUAAAUGCAGAGGCACUGUCUCUCUUUGGGUCGUAACUGUCCAUGAUGAAUGUUUUUGACCGUUUCUCUUCUGACUGUGCACCUCCUCUUCUCUUCACCUCAUAAAAGUUAACAGAGUAGAAUUUGGCCCUUGCUGCCAUACCUGAAGAGAGACCUGCUCAUGCAGCAGUGCUUUUGUGUCACCAACAUGGCACCCAGGCAGGUGCUGCUGCCUCUGACUCCCACUCCCUGCCAUGAUGUAGGAGGAUAGUGAGAGCUACUGUUACCCUGGUAGCAGAAGAGAAGGACAGCUAAACACCAGCUUAUAAUACAGUGAGUUUGUCCCUCAGUUUGGGUUGAAGCUCUUUAAUGCAAAUAAUAAAAAUAAAACAAAGAAGAAUUUCCCCUUUUUCCCAUUUUGCUGAUGUUCCUUAGCAUUGCUGCUAUUAAAAAUAAUGAAGAAGUCUUUUUAGCUAGUGAUAUGGUUAGGGAUGAAAUUUCUAGUUGUGUUGAUGACCAACCAGAAGGCUGUCCAUGGAUUACUGACUCUGAAGCAUAAGCAGGUCUCUCUGUGUUGACCUAAGGGCUUCAGAUGGCUUUGUACAAAGAGCUGAGUUUAACUCCUGUGCAGGAGGGGAGAAGACUGUGCUAGUGAGGUAAUUAGAAUUACUAAGUUUUCAUUAAUACAGAAGGCAGUGUUGCCGUACUCACAGAAGCAGUGCUGGCUUUUGCUAGGCUGAAACCAGGGUUGUUAGUAAAAUGAAUGUACUGCAGACCUGCUGCCCUGCAUUGCUCUGUGACAGGAGCCUCUGCACACUGAAUACUUGAUCCUUUCUAAAGAGCCUAGUAUUGUGAGCUUUAAGAAAAGUGUAUGAUACUUGAAGAAAAAGCCAACAUCAAAGUUACUGUAUAAAUAAAGAUACCAGGACUCUAGGCAUUCAUAGAAUAUGCUGUGUUGGAAGAGACCCAAGGGAUCAGGAUCAUCAAGCCCAACUCCUGGUCCUGCAUAGGACACACCAAGAAUCCCACCACAUGCCUGAGAGCAUUGUCCAAAAGGUACUUGAACUCAGAUGGGCUUGGUGCUGUGACCAUUUCCCUGGGCACCCAGUUCCAGUGUCCAAUCACCCUCUGGGUGAAAAACUUUUCCUGGUAUCCAACCUAAACCUCCCCUGACUCAGCUUCAUGUAAUUUCCUUGAGUCCUGUCACUGGUCACGAGAAGGAAGGAAUGUCUGCCCCUCCUCUUCCCACUGUGAGGAUGUUGAAGACCACAGUGAGGUCUCCCCUCAGUCUCCUCUUCGGACUGAACAGACCAACUGACCUCCUCACACAGCUUUCCCCUCCAGACCCUUCACCAUCCUUGUGACCCUCCUUAGGCCCCUCUCUAAUAAUUUAAUGCCUUUUUUGUGUUGUGGUGCCCAAAACUGUCCCCCAGCACUUGAGGUAAGGCCACCCCAGUGCAGAGCAGAGCAGGACAAUCCCCUCUCUUGCCUGGCUGGUGAUGCUGUGCCAGAUGCACCCCAGGACAGGGUUGGCCCUCUCGGCUGCCAGGGCACUGCUGCCUCAGAUUCAACUUGCCAUCAACCAGGACGCCUGAGCUCUCUGCAGUGCUGCUCUCCGGCAUUUCAUUCCUGUCUAUGCACACAACCAAGACUCUCCCAGGUGCAGAAUUUGACGCUUGGCUUUGGUAAACUUCAUGUAUUUGGUGAUUGACCAUCUCUAAUUUGUCAGGGUCUCUGCAGGGCCUCCCUGCCCUCAAGGGAAUCCCAAUUUAGCUCCUCCCAAUUUGGUGUUGUUGGCAAACUUACUUAGCAUCCCUUCCAGUCCUGUGUCCAAGUCAUUUAUGAAGAUGUUGAAAAGCGCAGAGCCAAGGAUGGAACCAUGUGGAGCUCCACUAGUGACAGGGCACCAGCCUGAUGAAUCAAUUCAACCCUUUGUGCCCAGCCCAUAAGCCAGUUGCUCAGUGAUCAUGUAACAUGGUUAUUGAGCUCUGUGCUGCACAUCUUGUCCAAAAGGAUACUGUGAGAGACAUUUCAUCGGCUGGCUUUCCUUGAUCCACUAAGUGGGUUACCCUGUCCUAGAGGGAAAUCAGUGUUGACAAGCAGGGCUCCCCUCUCAUGGAGCUGUGCUGGCUGUGGCCAUUGUCUUUCAGGUGUUUUUUCAAUACCUCCCAGAAUAAUCCUUUCCAUGAUUUUACCUGGCACUGAAGUGAGACUGACAGGCCUGUAAUUUCCAGGGUCCUCCUUCUUCCCCUUCUUGAAAAUCAAAACAAUGCUUGCCAGCUUCCAGUCAGCUGGGACCUCUCCAAAUUCCCAAGACACUGUUUAAAUAGUGUGGCUUCUUGUUCUGUCAUCUUCCCUUAGUCUUACCUCUCUGUAGUUCCUAGGUACUCAAGAGGGAUCAGAAAGAAUCAGGUUUUAGUUUUGUGGAUUUUCUUAAAUUAAGUAGUAUGUGUGUGAGUACAAAGUCAAAACUUUAACCAAAGCGCUAUUCAAUUAUUUCACAGUGCUAAAAAUGAAGCUGAGAGCCUUUGGGAUUCAGUUCUCUGCGGCUUCUAAGCACGAGUCCAAAGAAACCACCCCUGUAGGAGAACAACCAGCUUUCCACCCUGUGUGGUUUCCUCAUGGUUUUCAGCUGUUCUGUGGGAAACUUCACUCUAACAGUUUUUAGCUGAAUGAUCUGGAAAGAUAAGGGAGAUCACAUUUCCACAAAAUAUCAGCUAGGCCAUUGGAAGAGCAGGAAGACAUCCCUCUUCUCUAGAAAUUAACCAUCAGAUCACCAAAAAUAUUGAAUUCCUUUUUGAUCUGAGUUUUUCCAGUAGUAGGAAAGCAUAUUCAGCUCAGAGUAUUUAGAAGUAUUUUGGGGGUUUAUGUUUUGUUUUGGUUUGUUUUUUUACUAGAAGGAGAACCACUAGUUUGUUGGGUGGGCAUCAGAUGCAAAAUUUAUUUCAAAAAGUCAGGAGGCUUUAUUUUGUAGCUAAAGAAGAGCUUCAUUGGGCCACCAGCUCCAGUUACUAUCUUCUACCGCUCUCAUGUCGUCCAACAAGCAGGGAGAGUGUUCCAUAUAGCAUAUUCUCUAAGCAGCAGGGCAUCCUGCCUCAGACAGGCUUUCUCCUCUUGCUAUUCUGUGUAAAGCUGUUUUUUCUGAACUUUGGGACUGGUGCUUGAGAGUGUUUUUAGGAGACUGUGGUUUCAGGGGACCCUCUGUGCUUGUUGUUAAACAGGGGCCUUGCAGAGAAGGAAUUGAACAAGGUCCCCUUGCCUUCAAAACUUGCACUUCACCAUGCACUGCUCUUGCAGGGCGUUGAGCACUUCUAAGACUUCUGAAUGCUCUCUUUGCAGUCAAACUACCACUGAGAAAGGAACCCAUGUGGCAUGUUUCAGAGCUUAACUCCAAGUUACACCUCUCAGGAUGUAUCAAACCAGAUGAGCAAGUGGAAGCAAAUGUACUGAUAGACAACUCACAGUCUUCUUCUAUGGUGUCAGUUUGGCAAGCAGAGAGGAUGGCAUUUCAUUAGAAUAAUUGUAGAGAACAAGCAACUAACUUUUGACCUUCAAAUUUAGAAUUGGAGGGAAGGUCAGUAUUUUCUGUUUCAUUUGUUUGGUUUGUUAAUUAGUUAGGAUUGUUUUCUUUGUUGGGUUUUUUUUGAUAACUGACAUUUAUGAACAACUGACCUGCACACUGAUAGAGAUCCACAUGACUCUCAGAUAACAGCACCCUGGCUCUGUAUACUCUGCAUGAACUGCUUUGGUUUCUUAAGUUGUGCUAGUCUGAAGUUCUGCAUUCCUUUCCUUUAGAAACAUUUUGGCUGUUUCCUUCAAAGUCUAACAGUUGCAUAUUCUCAGGGAUUUUACUUACCCAAGGUGAAAUAAGAGUAAUCACAGCCUUACCCUAGGGAGGAGUAAGGCUGCUUUUUGUGAAGUUAGUAUAGCUGAGCGUAGAACUCUGAUACAGCAUAUGAGACAGGCAGUGUCCAUGCAGUGUGUGUCCUUGCUGAGACAUGGUAAAUCCCAAAGCAGUCUGAUAGAAGUGCUGUCCAGUACUGAAUAAUUGCAGUCAGCAUAUUUGACUAGAGAUCAUAAUCACAUCUUUGUUAUAUAAUGACAUUGGCAUUAGAGCAGAGCUCUCAAUUUCAGUCAAGUUCUGCUUUGCAAUUGGAUGCUUUUAUUUAUUUUAUUUAUUUUGUGUUUUGUAUUUUUUUAAACAAGCUAUGUUCUGGAGUCCCUGCUGCUAUUUAAAGCACCAUCCUCAGUUCCGUGUUGGAAUUCUGUGACAUUAUAAUUGUAGAAUAUGAACUGCAUACUCAAGUGCUUUAGCGUAAGCAUAAUGAGUCAUUGAAACAUCCUGUCUUGACACUGUUGUGCUGUGGAUCUCCCUUUAACAGAUGCAUUUAAAGUUAAGGGCCAUGUACCUUCACUUACAGGCUUUUUGUAAAGUAUCAUCAGGAUUUAAGUUACAGCUGUUUGCUUUUAAAAUCUUUCCUAGUUUGAAAAGUGUUGCUUGGUUGGUUGGACAUAUAAAAAGUAUGCCUAAAAUCUGCCCCAGGUGUUUGCAGCCUGCUUUGGCAAGGGCGGGCAUUAUAGAAAUAAGUGCUACAUAUUCUGUCCAUAUGCUGACCUUUUAACCACUGUCACUUCCACUUUUGUGUAAACCUUUAGGUUAGGGAAGCUUAAACUGCCUUUCAGACACCGGGAAGGAUCAUUAGCAUGUUCCUACCUGUCUGUCUUGACCUUUUUCCCCACCUGGUCCUUCCCUUCUGUCCAUUGUCAUCUGCUUUGCUAUCAAAGCUAUUGCUGUCAGAGCAAAGCAGAAUGUGUUGUAAGGCAUGGAAAUACAAACUUGGAUAUUCAGAAAUUAAUUCUUUGGCAGACGAUGUAAGUUGGGACAUUUCAGACUUGGAUGUUCUGCCUCACAGAAAUGGAAGCACAAGGUGUUUUGGUUUCGUUGUUUAAGUUUACUUAUUUCUCUUCUCUUGCCUGCAUAGUGCAGAUAACAAAACAAAACAAAAAUCAGUGUGGAAAUAACUGAAUUCAUGCCUUGUUGCUACCUUCUGUAGCCCCCGGUGAACAAACCCUGCAAACUUCUGCUUGCUCUAAGCAAUAUAAAACCUCCCUCGUGCAGGAGGGGUGUCACAGUGCACUUUCUGGCUCUGAGCAAACCCAGGCCGUAGCUGAUCCCUCUCACAGUUGACACAAGGAUUUAAACACUUGCUUUGAAGUUAUGACGUAGGCAUAUGCACACACGUGCCAUAUCACACUGGCAUGCAGUUCUUGAAAAUGCAGUCUUAGACCAUGAUUUUUAAUAUCCCUUUCUUGGUGUAAGAUUCUUCCCCUGCAUACUUCAGAUGUGCUGAAGCUGGAUUUCUUAAAUAUGAAACUUCCUUGUUUUCAUUUCCUUAUUUCUGCUUAACACUAAGGCAAACUUUCUUUUGCAUUUUAGCAUUCAAGGGGUCCAAAACUUAUUGAUUCCUUUAUUUAAACCUGUGUUGAAAGAUUUACGUCUACUUGAAACCAAAUUAGUAAAUUGCAUUUCAGAAUACAAUAAUUAAACUGAAAACCAAGGCAGCUUGCUUUUAUGGUUUCCUAUUUUCUUUUUUUCAAGCCAGUUUUGGGCAUACGUUUUUAUCAAUGUCAAGCUAAGCUUAAUGUAAACCUUACUUAGCAUACUAAAAUACAUUUAAAGACAAAGAGAAGGUAUAUUGCCUCACACUUUAAAUAUACUGAAUUCUAAGGGCUUGUUCGUGCCCCCCAAAUCACCUCUCUCAGUGUAAGCUUUGCACAAAUUGUGCUGUCAUAAGUAGUUCAGUCUGAAAUACUCUGAAGUUUCCAGUCUGCAUCAUUUCUGAAAUCAUACAACGUGUCUCUUCCUUUGGAGCAUACUUAAGACUUUGACAGACUUUUAUAUUAUUUCAUUAUAAUAAACUUAUUUUAAAUAAGCAUGCUUUUAAAUCUCGUUUUCUCCUCGCAUGGAUUUUGUUUCUUUUAUUGCAGUAUAGGGCCUAAAGUGCUCUUCAGGACUCCAUUUGUUGUGGGCACUGUGUGGACAGUUGAAACCAGUAUUUUUCUGGUUGACAGAAACUGCCUGUAUGUAUCUCUGUCUGAAGAAUGUUAGCACACACGAAGCCUGUUUAGACUGUGAGAAUAAAAGCUGUG